GAAUUGGGUCAUUUUUCAAAAAUUGUCCCGAAUAAUCUUUCUGUUUUCUGAGAAGCUUACAAAUACGGUCGAAUGAUUUGUUGAACCGGAACGUUAAAAAUGGACUUUGUUGACGGAUCGCAUGCAACAAAACUUUGUCGGUAUUCUUUCAUUCCACUCGGCCGUAACUCGAAUGUACAGGUACGAGUAGGUUAGUUAGUAGUACCUGUUCCUUUGUAAGGCGAACGGGUCCUACCUACCUACGUAACGAGUUCUGGCCGUCGUCGAGAUGUUUGGAUAGAAGAAACACACCCCAAAAAACGGCCUCGUAGGCGAUGCGUCGAUCGAGAUGUCGUCGACGUUUACGUUUAACGUCACUGAUCGUCGCCGUCCCGAUCGUCGUCGUCGUUACGGUCAUGGUUACGACGAUGAAAGGUAACCGCGGAGACGAUCCUCGAGUGGACGAAGACGUGAUGAUCGUGCUGAGAAAUGAUAAGAGACAAAAAGAAUACAUAGACAAGCGUGGCAUUCACGUCAUCGUGGGGCACUACUUAGGAAAUUCCCUACCUUGGGAAAUUACGCCCAAUUUGACAAAAGAAAUGUUAAACGCAAAUAAUUACAACCCCAUUUGGUCGUUCGGUAGCCGAGGGCAACCCGUUUAUUUACCUCAGGUGGAUAAACAGAGAGAGAAAACACUUUUUCACAUUAAUAGAUUUAAUUUAAUGGUCAGCGAUGCCAUACCCGUUAACAGGACUCUACCGGACGUUCGGAAAGUCAGUUGCAGAGAGAAGAGAUAUUCGGGUUUGGAAUCCCAAGACGUUACCAUCGUCAUAGUCUUUCAUAACGAAGCAUGGUCGACCCUCCUGCGAACGGUGCACAGCAUCAUCAGCAGAUCUCCGAAGAGGCUGCUGAGAGAAAUCAUUUUAGUGGACGACGCCAGCGAAAGGAGUUUUCUCAAAAGGCCGCUGGACGAAUACGUUUCUAGUUUGCCCGUAACCACCAAAAUCGUUAGGGCCAAAAACAGGACGGGGCUGGUGAGAGCCAGAUUGUUGGGCGCCCGUCGAGCCAAGGGCAAGAUUCUAACCUUCUUAGACGCUCACUGCGAGUGCACCAAAGGAUGGUUGGAGCCUCUAGUUGCCAGGAUAAUGGAAAACAGGAAAACCGUAGCCUGUCCCGUGAUAGACGUCAUUCACGACGAGACCUUCGCUUACGUCAAAAGUUUCGAACUGCACUGGGGAGCUUUCAACUGGGAACUUCACUAUCGCUGGUAUCCCAUCGGAAACAGGGAGCUGAAGAAGCGGAGCGACGAUCCCUCCAAACCCUUCAGGACGCCCGUCAUGGCCGGAGGUCUGUUCGCCGUCGACAGGUCUUACUUUUACGAAAUCGGAAGCUACGACGAACAAAUGGACAUCUGGGGAGGAGAAAACAUCGAAAUGUCCUUCAGAGUGUGGCAGUGCGGAGGAAGCGUGGAAAUCGUCCCCUGCUCCCACGUGGGUCAUCUAUUCAGAAGGUCGUCUCCCUACACCUUCCCUCGACCCGGAGGAGUGGCCGCCGUCCUCUACUCCAAUUUGGCCAGAGCGGCCGAAGUGUGGAUGGACGAGUGGAGUAACUUCUACUUCAAAACCAAUCCCGACGCGGCAAAAAUCAGGAAAUCCAUCGACGUGACCAGUCGAAAAUCGCUGAGACGAAGACUGGGAUGCCACGACUUUCGCUGGUAUUUGACAAACGUCUGGCCCGAACACUUUCUCCCCGACGACGACAGAUUCUUCGGAAAGGUGCGAUUUAUAUAAAUUCUCCGUGGGCCCGCGGUAAACUCUUCCGCCAAUUCGACGACCGUCGCUGCACUCGUCCUACCACCUUCAACCACGCGUCGUUUACAUGG